UAUUAUCAAUUGAUUUAUAUGAGUUACUUACGGUUUAAACAGUUAUUUAGAUUGCAGUUUAUUUAGAGUUAAAUGGCAAAUGAAAAGAAAAAAGAUGGAUCAGUUGCGGUGAUCACUGACUCAACAAAUGACAACAACAAUAAAGAUCCAAAAUCUGUUCGCUGGUCAUCAAAAAUUGAGUUCAUACUGACCUGUCUUAGCUAUGUUAUCGGCUUCGGAAAUAUUUGGAGAUUUCCAUACAUAUGUUAUAAGAACGGCGGCGGUGCAUUUCUUAUACCAUAUUUUCUGAGUCUGGCUUUUAUUGGAUAUCCAGUGAUUGUCUUAGAGAUGACUUUAGGACAGUAUUCAUCUAAAGGAAAAGUCAGUGUCUGGAAAUUUAUGCCUAUCUUUCAGGGCAUUGGAUAUUCAAUGUUGAUUAUGGUAGCGGUUCAGUCGGUCUACUAUAAUGUAUUGGUUGGUUGGUCUCUUCGGUAUUUAUUUGCCUCCAUUACCAUCCAUGAAUUACCGUGGAAGUCAUGCAAUCACUCGUGGAAUACUGAGGAAUGUAAGGCCGGGUAUGUGAACGGCAGUGCUAAGAGUCCCAGUGAUGAGUACUUUCACGAGAAUGUACUCGAUAUCAAUAAAAACAUCAAUGAUAUCAGUCAACUGAAUAUAUCAAUGGUUGGGUGUCUGCUUAUUGCUUGGACUAUCUGUUUUGGUAUACUAUUCAAAGGUGUCAAAAGUGUGGGAAAAGUGUCAUAUUUGACAACUAUAUUUCCGUACAUUUGUCUUAUAAUAUUAUUUUUAAGAGGCAUAGUAAUGGAGGGCGCGUGGAAUGGUAUCAAAUUUUAUAUAAACCCAGAUUUUAGUAAACUAUUAACAUUAGGCAUUUGGGUGGACGCCUGUCAACAAAUAUUUUUUUCAUUGGGCAUAGCGUGGGGUACUAUCAUAACUUUGGCCAGUUAUAAUAAUUUUGAUAAUCAUGUAAUUAGAGACGCCACUAUUAUAGCACUGGGCAAUAGCUUCACAAGCAUUUUCGCCGGUUUUGUUAUAUUUGCAUACAUGGGUGCCGUCGCUCAUGAACGUGGUGUUAGUGUUGCCGAUGUGGCCGUAAAAGGCUCGGGACUGGCAUUUAUGAUGUAUCCCGAAGCAGUGGCUAUGUUUCCUUGGGGACAGUUAUUCUCAUUUAUUUUCUUUUUUAUGCUAAUAAUGUUGGGAUUAGGUUCUCAGACACCAAGUCUUGAAAGUGUAUUAACAUCUCUUAUGGAGUUUAAUACGAAAAGUCAAAAAUAUCGCAUUUGGUUAUUGGGUUUAGUUUGCUUUAUAGGAUUCAUAUGUGGAUUAAUCUUCUGUAAUAGGGCUGGGAUGUAUUGGUUUGUAAUAUUCAAUGAUUUCGUUGCCUCGACAUCAGCAAUGUUUGUGGCUUUGGUUGAAGUGGUAUCCAUUGCAUGGGUUUACGGUAUCGACAAAUUUGCGGAUCACAUCAAAGAGAUGGUCGGACACCAUAUUAAGCCCAAAAUAGUCUGGAAAAUAGUUUGGUUAUAUAUUACACCCAUAAUCUUAUUUGUAUUACUAAUCAUAACAAUGUUGUCAACUGAAGCGCCUGAAUAUCGGGGCUAUAUUUUUCCCAAAUGGACGAUCAUUUUUGGUUGGAUUAUCAUUGUUGCACAGGUUAUCCCAAUACCGAUAGUCAGUGUUUAUUAUUUAUAUGUUUGCUAUAAAAAUAAAUCUGGAAUAAAAGAGGUGUCAAAUCCAGAUAUUGAAUGGAAAUCUCAAGACUUAAAAUCUGAUGUAAUUUCUCCUCAAACUUAA